ACGUCAUCAGCGCGCGCCCUCCCGCUCCCGGGUGUUCAAGCUCCGCGCGCGAGCCGAGUUUCAGCCCCACAGGCGGAGUAUCUGUCGCCUCUCCUUUCCGUCAUGUUCCCGGCCGUCUCCUCUCCGCGGACACCGGGGCCCGGGACUCGAAGGGGUCCGCUGGCCGGAGUCGGGCCGGGCUCCACGCCCCGGGCGACAAGCAGGAAAGGUCUAUCCCUGGGGUCUGCAGUCAGCUCCCCGGCGCUCUUUUCGCCGGUCGGCCGGCGUAGCUCGCUGAGCUCGCGAGGAACACCUACACGAAUACUGCCACACCACUGUGUAACUGAGUCUAUGAACUAUGAUGUGAAAACAUUUGGAUCUUCUCUCCCUGUUAAAGUAAUGGAAGCCCUAACAUUGGCUGAAGUUGAUGAUCAGCUGACUGUUCACAUAGAUGAAGGUGGAUGGGCUUGUCUGGUCUGCAAAGAGAAACUCAUUAUUUGGAAGAUUGCUCUGUCACCUAUUACUAAGUUAUCUGUUUGCAAAGAGCUUCAGCUGCCACCAAGUGACUUCCACUGGAGUGCUGACUUGGUGGCUCUCUCUUAUUCUGCUACCUCAGGUGAAGCACAUUCUACUCAGGCUGUGGCUGUCAUGGUUGCCACCAGAGAAGGAUCCAUCCGCUAUUGGCCAAGCCUUGCCAGUGAAGACAUCUACACAGAGACCUUCGUGGAUUUAGGAGGUGAUAAGACUUACAGUUUCCUAACAGCAGUGCAGGGAGAAAGUUUUAUUUUGUCCUCAUCGGGAAGCCAGCUGAUUCGACUGAUACCUGAAAGUUUAGGAAAGAUUCAUCAACAUAUCCUGCCUCAAGGACAAGGCAUGCUUUCAGGAAUUGGUCGGAAGGUUUCUUCUCUUUUGGGAAUUUUAUCUCCAAGUACUGAUCUCAUCCUUUCAAGUGUCCUUUGGGAUAGAGACAGAGCAAGUUUUUAUAGCCUGACAAGUUCAAACAUCGGUAAAUGGGAAUUAGAUGAUUCUUCAGAAAAACAAGCACAUAGUUGGGAUAUAAACAGAGCUCUGAAGGAAAACAUUACUGAUGCUAUUUGGGGAUCUGAGAGUAACUACGAAGCUAUUAAAGAAGGGGUCAACAUUCGGUACUUGGAUUUGAAGCAGAACUGUGAUGGGCUCCUGAUUUUGGCAGCUGCAUGGCACCCAGCGGACAGUCCAUGUCUCAUCUAUUACUCUCUGAUAACAGUAGAAGAUAAUGGCCACCAAAUGUCUGAUGUAGUAACUGUAGAAGUCACUCAGUAUAAUCCACCUUUUCAGUCUGAAGACUUGAUUAUGUGUCGGCUGAUGGUCCCAAACUUUUCAAACCAGACUGCUUAUCUGUAUACUGAGAGUGCCGUCUACGUGUGCUCCACUGGAACUGGGAAGUUUUCUCUUCCUCGGGAGAAAAUUGUCUUUAAUACACAAGGAGAUAGUAUUUUAGGAGCUGGUUCCUGUGGUGGUCUUCCUAUUCUUUUUUCUAGAAACAGUGGGCUGGUGUCUAUUACAUCAAGGGAAAAUGCAUCCAUAUUAGCAGAAGACCUUGAAGAAUCCCUAGCAUCUUCAGUUGCUGGACCCAGCAAUGAGAGUAUGGUUUUUGAGGCUUCUACAAAGAAUGAAACCAUAGCCCAGGAAGAUAAAACUAAAGUGUUAAAAGCUGCUUUUCUGCAAUACUGCAGAAAAGAUCUAAGUCAUGCUCAAAUGAUGGUUGAUGAGCUCUUUUCCUCCCACUCUGACUUGGAUUCCGACUGUGAACUAGACAGAGCUGUUACCCAGAUCAGUGUGGACCUGGUGGAUGACUACCCGGCCUCAGACCCACGAUGGGCUGAGUCUGUCCCUGAGGAAGCACCUGGGUUUAGCAAUACAUCGCUGAUUAUUCUUCACCAGCUAGAAGACAAAAUGAAAGCCCAUUCUUUCCUUAUGGACUUCAUUCACCAAGUUGGCUUAUUUGGACGUCUUGGCACUUUUGCAGUUCGAGGGAUGCCCAUGGCAACUCGCCUGUUGCUCUGUGAGCAUGCCGAAAAGUUAUCAGCCGCCAUCGUUCUCAAGAACUACCACUCGAGGCUCUCUGAGCUCGUGAACACAGCAAUAAUGAUUGCUUUAAAUAAGAGGGACUGCGAAAUCCCAUCCAACCUGACCCCCGCAGACGUCUUUUUUAGAGAAGUGUCGCAGGUAGACACCAUUUGCGAGUGUUUACUGGAGCAUGAGGAGCAGGUCUUAAAGGAAACAUCUUUGGAAUCUGUUGAAUGGGCUGAAGUGGUGAUCAAUGUCAACAGUAUUCUCAAGGACAUGCUACAAGCUGCCUGUCAUUAUCGACAGAAUAGAAACUCCUUGUAUAGAAAAGAGCCAGUAGAACAAGAACCUGAGUAUGUUCCUUGGACAGCAACGAGUGGUCCUGGGGGCAUCCGAACAGUAAUCGUGCGCCAGCAUGGGAUUGUCCUGAAAGUGGUAUAUCCUCAGGCAGACAGCAACCUCCGAAACAUUCUGACAGAGCAGCUGGUAGCACUGAUUGAUUGCUUCCUGGAUGGUUACGUUUCCCAGCUUAAGUCUCUGGACAAAUCUGGUGAUCAAGAAAGAUACAGCAGUCUGGAAAUGGAAUACCUACAGAAAAGAUCAGAUCUCCUAUCUCCACUUCUCACACUAGGCCAAUACCCGUGGGCUGCUUCAUUAGCAGAAAAGUACUGUGACUUUGAUAUCUUAGUGCAAAUGUGUGAGCAGACUGACAACCAGACCAGACUCCAGCGCUACAUGACCCAGUUUGCUGAUCAGAAUUUUUCAGACUUUCUCUUCCGUUGGUAUCUGGAGAAAGGAAAGCGAGGCAAAUUAUUAUCUCAACCCAUUUCUCAGCAUGGAGAGUUGGCAAAUUUUUUGCAAGCUCAUGAACAUCUCAGCUGGUUACAUGAAAUUAACAGCCAAGAAUUAGAAAAGGCUCAUGCAACACUUCUGGGUCUGGCAAACAUGGAAACACAUUACUUUGCAAAGAAAAAAACCCUUCUUGGCUUGAGUAAAUUGGCUGCAUUGGCUUCAGACUUUUCAGAGGAUGUACUGCAAGAAAAAAUUGAAGAAAUGGCUGAGCAGGAGCGCUUUCUGCUGCACCAGGAGACCCUGCCGGAGCAACUGCUGGCAGAGAAAGAGCUGAGUCUCAGUGCGAUGCCAGUGCUGACUGCACCACAGCUCAUCAGCCUAUAUAUCUGUGAAGAAAACAGAAGAGCUAAUGAAUAUGAUUUCAAGAAAGCUUUGGACUUGCUGGAAUAUAUCGAUGAGGAGGAAGAUGUAAAUAUAAAUGAUCUAAAACUGGAAAUCCUUUGCAAAGCUCUUCAGAGAGAUAACUGGUCCAGUUCAGAUGGUAAGGAUGAUCCAAUUGAAGUAUCUAAAGGCAGUAUAUUUGUGAAAAUCUUACAGAAACUUUUAAAAGAUGGCGUUCAGCUCAGUGAAUACCUGCCAGAGGCGAAAGACCUCCUACAGGCAGACCAGCUUGGGAGCCUCAAGUCUAAUCCCUACUUUGCGUUUGUUUUGAAAGCAAACUAUGAAUACUAUGUCCGCGGACAAGUGUAACUUCUUCUGAAAAUGGUCGCUGCUGCUAAAAAUUUGUACAGGCUCGUCCUUAGAAAAAUCUUAGACCUUAAAUAUCGAAAAGUUUGUACAGCUUUAUAACAUGAAUUACUGAAUUUUUGGUACUUUAUUUGGAAACAGCCGUGUGACUGUAGUUUUUUGUUUUUUAGUUACAAGAUCUUUUCUCCUUUUGCCAUCGAUUCAUCACUUGUUAUUUCCCUGCUGGCUACCCUUCUCAUUCCAUCAAGGGCUCUGGAGUUCUCGUUCUAGUUGUGGCUAUUUGUUUGCACAAAGCACUUCUAGGCCUCAGUCCCUAUAACUCUGAACGUGACAGGAUUGCACUGAUUGUCUCUGAGAUUGCUGUCGCUCUGGAGAUUGUGCACUGAGGAGAAUUGGGAGUCUGGUAUCCGUUUGGGUUAGGGCUGCUGCGAAAUGUCCAGUAAGACAGAUGUCAGAUUUGGUGACUUGCUGUAGGACCGAAAGACAAAACAAGUGGGCAUAAUUCCUGUGAGUUUGAGAACUGCUUAAUUCACUGGGAAAAUACUAUACAUUUCCAUGUAAAUAGAGUAUUAGAGUGGUGAGUAAAAACACUUAAGUGGUAACCUACCUGCAAGUACCAUAUGGUAAAUUUGUAGUAUUAAAGUUAGUUAUGGCCUUUCAGUAUGGGGAUUCAAGCUGUAUUUUCAAGGUGAUUUACACUGAAUUCCUGCUUUGCCACAGUCUGGCUAACAUAGAGCAUGUGUUACGCUAGAAGCCGUUAUAGGUUUUCUUAACACGGCAUCUGAUUUACUGAAAAGUAGUGGCUCUCAGAGCUUCAUUGUUCUGACUAGUGUCAUUACUCAGUUUUUCUCAGCUUUAAAUAAAGACUAGAGGUUGGACAGGGUGUUGCUGGCAUAUUCAGAUUCUGGCCCAGUUGAAUGCUCACUAAACAACUUGCUCCAACAGCUGAAAAGGUCAGAAGUUAAAUAUGGUAAAGAGUCCGGUGCCUGGUUUCACAAAGUGCGGCCAUCGUGCCUCUCUUCCCCUGCCCUCUUCCCCUCUAGGCUUCAAAUCCAGCCUUUGAACAUGUUGGCAGGAACAGGUUAAUGGAGCUCGUUACGUUAAUAACCAGAGGAAAGACACUAGCAGUCUUGUCUUUUUCUGUUUGCAGCUUGUGUGCUGGGACAGCAUGAGGGUCCCGGUUAGGAGUAUAUGGAAGGGUGCGGUGCUAAGGGAAGGUAGGAAGAACUUGUCAGGCGGCAGGGAAGAAAUGGUUGAACUCUUGUGUUCUAAGCCGAGGCUUUGCUUUUACAUAGACAUUAACAGUUCUUGCCUGUAUGAUCCUUUUUAGAUACUCGUGUGCUCUGGGAACAUAAGACUGUGCCCCCUUCACAUGCUACCACAAAUCUAAGUAUCCCUAAUGUGACAGGAAAGCCAGUCUGACGGUGACCCUGGCCCCGUUGAUUGCCUGAUGUCAAAUUGCCGCUCUCACGGUGUAAUGCAUAGUUGUCUUAUGUUGAGGGAGGAGAAGCCUCACUCUUCUAGCUCUAUCUCUUAGCGUGGCACCAAAAUGGUUGGGUUUUUUAAAAUUAAUAAAAUUAAGGUCUAAGGUUUUAAGUAACUUUUCUAAAUUUUAAAAAGUUGUUUCACAGUGUAGUCUUUAUCAAAGAAUUACUGAUUUUUGUAUAAAUUGAGUAAUAAAGGCACAUUAUAAAGGUGAGCGUGUUUUCUAAGGAAAGAGAACAUUACUGCCUUGGGAAGGGGUUUUUUUCACCCCUGUCUUUGCUGUUCUGAAAGUCACAGUUUGCAGCCUCAAUUAAAUGAAGCAACGCAGUUUUUGAUAGCAGCCAGCUUCGUGCUCUGGUAUGUUUUGUUUUAAGACUUUGUGAAUGUGUCAAGGAUGAAGGUAGAACUUGAGAUACACGUAAGGGACUUGCUGAAACGCUUAGCGAAGUAAAAGGCUACGGACACCCUCUGUCACAGGGAUUUUGUUUUUGAAGAAGCCCUCGAAAUUGGAUUCUUUCUUUGACUUCGGGGUCUGAAUCAAAAUGCUGAAGUCUGUCACCCACCAAGCACACGAGGCCCGCGCGAAGGGCACACGGCACAUUUCCCCUUCCAGGUGGAUCGCUCUCUCUAGUAGCGGGAACAGACGGAAAGCCACGUCAUAAUGUCGUCAGGCUCCUUCUUGAUCUCUUGUGAUCCAUCACACUUGUACAUCUUGAGGCUGAUAACUACAAAAAAAGGUAGUCCCACCUUUUCAUUCCUGGACCUUUUAUUGGAGAAUGCCUGAAGAGAAAGUAGUUUUACGUACUCCUAU